AUGAAUUGCAAUAUGUGUGGAUAGAGUACACAAUAGCUCAUUUUAAAAAAACUACAAUUAAAGUAUUUUGAAGCUUUCAACUUUUACUUUGCAAAGCCAAUAAAUGAAAUUCUAUCAUAAAUUGCUAAUACUCCUCAUGUAAUCUAUUAUAAGGAUUAUGUGAUAUUAGAUGAAUAAUAAGAAUACAUGAAAAGGUAGUAGAACUUCCUUAACAUGUAGAUAUUAUAAGAAAGACGAAGUCAAACCAAGACUAGACAUUUUGACUGACUUUUACGUGACAAAUUAUAAAGAUGUUCACCCUUAUUUACUAGUUGUUGAAAGUCAUACUUUAAUGAGUAAAAGAAAUAAGAAAAUUGAUAAGCUUUAUUAUUAGAGAAUGUAAGAGAGUGUAAAUUCGAAUAAAUCUUAGAAUCCUGUUGUUGUUAAUAAUGUACUCAAUUCAAAACUAUCAUCAAAAUCUCAAAUCAGUUAUGAAACUAUAGAACACGAUAUUUAUUCUUCUGAAGAUUAACCAUAGAAAUAAAAUCGUAUUGAUUUUAAAGGAAUAAGUCUACUCAAUAAUUAUGAAGAAAAUAACUUAUUUCUUGAAAUGUUAGAUAAAUAAUACUAAAUUAUAAAUAAAAUGACGAACAAAAAUAAAUUACUGCCUCCAAAUUUUUACAUCAGAUCUCCUCCCUAAAGUUAAUAAAACAUAUAAACCAAUCUCAUUAAAGAUCUACAUGCAAUGAAAAGUGUCAAAAGAAGGACCAAUAAUAUGGACCUUAGAGAGAAAAAAGGUAUAUGAAUUAAUAUAUUCUAUAUAGCUAUUUUUGCUAAUUCUAAGAGUGAAUCAAAACAUUCUUAAUCAAGUUUCAAGAUGUCUAAGAUUAAAGAUUCAGUUGAUUAAUAAGUAGAUUAAUUUUGUGAUUAUGUUUCUGGAUAAAUUGAUCCAUCUGAUCUAGAAGGUAAGAAUAAGAUGUCUCGAAUAUAGAAUGAUAAUAUUACUGUUUAAAAGAUGCUUAAGGAAUAUUAGGGUAAUCAGAAAAGAUAAUUAAAAUCAACAAUUUCAUAAGAUUUAUUAGUUGCAAGUACAUCUACUCUUAUAUAGGGAUUUUAAGGUUCUUAAAAAAGUAUUAAAUAAGAUCAAAAUAACAAUAAUGGUAGUAUAUAAAAUAUAUCAUAAAGACAAGAAUAAUUAAAAAAAGUAUAUUAACCAGUUUAAUAAAAGAAAAUAAAUUAAAAUUAAUUAGAUAGAAUAACAAAAGGUGGAUGUUUGACAGAUAGAAAUAUGAAAUAAUUACCUAUAUCUGAAGAUUUGUUUAGUAAAUUACAUGAUAUCAAUAUUAAAAGUUCAUAGAAUGCAGAAUAAUAGAAAAAACCAGAAUUUAAUUAUAUGAUACCAUCAUAAUAUAAUGCAAUGUCCACUUUCAAACUAGGCAAUAAUAAUAAUAAAGCCAAAUCUUAAUACACUAAGAAAACUACAGGAUUAGAUUUAGCUACUAAAUCAUAACAUUAAUAAUAGGGAAAUCAUAGUCAAUCUAAGGUUUUAAACAUUAACACAAAUAAACCUGAUGAUAUUGUUAAAAAGUACAUUUAAUUGGCAACAUAAUCUAUAUAAAAUCAUAAAAAAUUUGAUUUCAAAUUGAAUCUUUAAAACUUAAAUAAUAAUGAACCUCAUUUAGAUGAAGAACUUUGUAUUUAUAAUACAUUAUAUAUUAAAUAGAAAAUAAACGUCUGAAUUUUCUUACUGAAAGACAUAGUCAAUAAUAAUAAUAAGAGAAAGAUUAAUUUAUUACUCAUAGAAAAAUUGUGAUUAAAUGA